GAAUUAAAAGCCCUAAUUUCGUUUAUUCUCUUUCUCUUUCGCACACUGAGCUGAUUUGAGCAGCAGCAGCUAAAGCAGAUCCCAAGAUGAAGUUUAAUAUCGCAAAUCCGACUACUGGUUGCCAGAAGAAGCUCGAGAUCGAUGACGAUCAGAAGCUUCGGGCAUUUUUCGACAAGCGGAUCUCGCAGGAGGUUGCUGGAGAUGCUUUAGGCGAGGAAUUCAAGGGCUAUGUUUUCAAGAUCAUGGGAGGUUGCGACAAGCAAGGAUUCCCGAUGAAGCAGGGUGUUCUGACUCCUGGUCGUGUUCGUCUCUUGCUUCAUAGAGGUACCCCAUGCUUCCGUGGAUAUGGAAGACGUAAUGGUGAGCGUAGAAGGAAGUCUGUUCGUGGAUGCAUUGUUAGCCAAGACCUUUCUGUUUUGAACUUGGUUAUUGUGAAGAAGGGUGAGAAUGAUUUGCCAGGGCUAACGGACACUGAAAAACCUAGGAUGAGAGGUCCAAAGAGGGCCUCCAAGAUUAGAAAGCUCUUUAACCUUUCAAAGGAAGAUGAUGUCCGGAAGUAUGUCAACACUUACAGGAGGACUUUCACCACAAAAUCUGGCAAGAAGGUGAGCAAAGCCCCAAAAAUCCAGAGGCUGGUAACACCAUUGACACUGCAGAGGAAGCGGGCUAGAAUUGCUGACAAGAAGAAAAGAAUUGCCAAGGCCAAGUCAGAGGCAGCUGAGUACCAGAAGCUGCUUGCCACAAGGUUGAAGGAGCAGCGGGAGCGCCGUAGCGAGAGUUUAGCGAAGAGGAGGUCCAAGCUCUCUGCUGCUUCUAAGCCUUCUGUUUCAGCUUAGAUAAGUUUUGAUAAACCAAAAGGGAUCUUGGUCAGUACCCAGUUUUUUGCAGUGCCAUAUGCUGUCAUAAUUUAUUGCUUAGUAUCCAAUUUGGUAAUGUUAUUUUUCCAUCUACUAUGUUAGGUCAUCUUUUUGACAAUUAUCAUUAACUAAAUUGCUUCAUCUAAUGCAUACUCUUUAUAGUUGUUUCUGUUUUAUUAAA